AUGGGCCUGGUCAUGGAGCGCGGGGGGCCAUACUCACGGGGGCUGCACAAGGCGGGGGGUGGUGAACGGGGCUGCUGGUACUACUUUCGCUACUUCUUCCUCUUCGUCUCCCUCAUCCAGUUCCUCAUCAUCCUGGGCCUCGUGCUUUUCAUGGUGUAUGGCAAUGUGCACGGUGGCACCGAGUCCAACCUGCAGGCCACGGAGCGCCGGGCUGAAGGCCUCUAUGGCCAGGUCGUGGGGCUCACAGCCUCCCAGGCCAACCUGACCAAGGAGCUCAACCUUACCACCCGUGCCAAGGAGACCAUCAUGCAGCUACUGCUGAAUGCCCGCCGUGACCUGGACCGCAUCAACGCCAGCUUCCGCCAGUGCCAGGGUGACCGGGCCAUCUAUCUGAACAACGAACGAUACAUGGCUGCCAUCAUCUUGAGUGAGAAGCAAUGCAAGGAGCAUCUCAAUGAGAACAACAAGAGCUGCAACUCUUUACUCUUCAUGCUGGGCCAGAAGGCCAAGACGCUGGAGUUGGAACUGGAAAAGGAGAAGGCAGUGUGCACCAAAGACAAGGAGGCCCUGGUGUUGGGCAAGCGGCAGGUGGAGGAGCAGCUGGUUGAUUGCGGGAAGAUACAGGGGCAGCUGCAGCAAGAAAAGCGCAUUGCUGAGGAGCAGCUGCGCAAAGUGGAAACCCUCUGCCUCCAGUGGGACAAGGAUAAGUUUGAGACGGACGUGCGCAACCUCUGGAGGGAUUCCAUAAUCCCGCGCACCCUGGACUCCCUGAGUUAUGGCCCCUACCACUCCUUCGGUGGGGAGUUAGCCUCCAUCCACAGGAGCUGUGACCGCAUGCCUGAACUCAUGAACGCCAAGGUGGCAGAGCUGGCCCGCAGCCUGCGAGUGGACAUCGAUCGCGUGGCCCGCGAGAACGCGGACCUCCAGCGCCAGAAGCUGGAGGCUGAGCGUGGCCUGCAGGCCAGUCAGGAGGCCAAGGAGAAAGUGGAGAAGGAGGCCCAGGCCCGAGAGGCCAAGCUCCAAGCCGAAUGUGCCCGGCAGACCCAGCUAGCUCUGGAGGAGAAGGCGACUCUGCGAAAGGAAAGAGAUAGCUUGGCCAAGGAGCUGGAAGAGAAGAAGAAGGAGGCAGAGCAGCUCAAGAUGCAGUUGGCCAUCGGCAACUCAGCCUUGGACACCUGCAUCAAGGCCAAGUCGCAGCCGAUGCCCUUUCCCUUGCCAAGACCCGUGGGCUCUCUCCCCAACCCCCCGCCCAUCGACUCAGCUACUCUGGAGGAAUUCAAGAGGAAGAUCCUGGAGUCCCAGAGGCACUCUGCAAGCAACGUGGCAGCCCCAUACAGUGGCUGAGAAGACUCCAGGCCUCGAGGACCGAGGGGGCCCCCAACUCAAUGAUGCAGCAAGAUGCUUGCGGUGCCAACACAACCCUCCCGCCGUCCCCCAGCCCAGGCCGCAGGUGGACAAGCUUCCCACUCACUGCACCAAAGUCCUCCCCACCCCCACGGACACCUCCAG